GUCAGACCCUCCGGGGGACCGCGAGGCUACUGCAGCACUAGGGUGUCAGUUGUUGGUCCCGCCCCGAAUACUUCAGUUCUACUCUGCAAGGAUAUAGAAUAACUGCAGAUCGGUGUCUAUUUAAUACAAGAAAAUGGAAACUGAACAGCCAGAGGAAACCUUCCCCAACACUGAAACCAAUGGUGAAUUUGGUAAACGUCCUGCAGAAGAUAUGGAAGAGGAACAAGCAUUUAAAAGAUCUAGAAACACAGAUGAGAUGGUUGAACUACGCAUUCUGCUUCAGAGCAAGAAUGCUGGGGCAGUGAUUGGAAAAGGAGGCAAGAAUAUUAAGGCUCUCCGUACAGACUACAAUGCCAGUGUUUCAGUCCCAGACAGCAGUGGCCCUGAGCGCAUAUUGAGUAUCAGUGCUGAUAUUGAAACAAUUGGAGAAAUUCUGAAGAAAAUCAUCCCUACCUUGGAAGAGGGCCUGCAGUUGCCAUCACCCACUGCAACCAGCCAGCUCCCGCUCGAAUCUGAUACUGUGGAAUGCUUAAAUUACCAACACUUUAAAGGAAGUGACUUUGACUGCGAAUUGAGACUGUUGAUUCAUCAGAGUCUGGCAGGAGGAAUUAUUGGGGUCAAAGGUGCUAAAAUCAAAGAACUUCGAGAGAACACUCAGACAACAAUCAAGCUUUUCCAGGAAUGCUGUCCUCAUUCCACUGACAGAAUUGUUCUUAUUGGAGGAAAGCCUGAUAGAGUUGUAGAAAGCAUAAAGAUCAUCCUUGAUCUCAUAUCUGAGUCUCCCAUCAAAGGACGUGCACAGCCUUACGAUCCCAAUUUUUACGAUGAAACCUACGAUUAUGGUGGUUUUACAAUGAUGUUUGAUGACCGUCGUGGACGUCCUGUGGGAUUUCCCAUGCGGGGAAGAGGUGGCUUUGAUAGAAUGCCUCCUGGUCGUGGUGGACGUCCCAUGCCUCCAUCCAGAAGAGAUUAUGAUGAUAUGAGCCCUGGUCGAGGACCACCACCACCACCUCCUGGCCGAGGUGGCCGAGGUGGUAGCAGAGCUCGGAAUCUUCCUCUUCCCCCACCCCCACCACCUAGAGGAGGAGAUUUAAUGGCCUAUGACAGAAGAGGAAGACCUGGAGACCGUUUCGAUGGGAUGGUUGGUUUCAGUGCUGAUGAAACAUGGGAUUCUGCAAUAGAUACAUGGAGCCCAUCAGAAUGGCAGAUGGCUUAUGAACCACAGGGUGGCUCAGGAUAUGAUUAUUCCUAUGCAGGGGGUCGCGGCUCAUAUGGUGAUCUUGGUGGACCUAUUAUUACUACACAAGUAACUAUUCCCAAAGAUUUGGCUGGAUCUAUUAUUGGCAAAGGUGGUCAGCGGAUUAAACAAAUCCGUCAUGAGUCAGGAGCUUCCAUCAAAAUUGAUGAGCCUUUAGAAGGAUCCGAAGAUCGGAUCAUUACCAUUACAGGAACACAGGACCAGAUACAGAAUGCACAGUAUUUGCUGCAGAACAGUGUGAAGCAGUAUUCUGGAAAGUUUUUCUAAGACUAGUGAAGAACUGAAGGAGUCCUGCAUCUUUUUUUUUUUUUUUAUCUGCCUCUGUUUAAAAAGCCAACAUUCCUCUGCUUCAUAGGUGUUCUGCAUUUGAGGUGUAGUGAAAUCUUUGCUGUUCACCAGAUGUAAUGUUUUAGUUCCUUACAAACAGGGUUGGGGGGGGGGGGAAGGGCGUGCAAAAACUAACAUUGAAAUUUUGAAACAGCAGCAGAGUGAGUGAAUUUUAUUUUUUGUUCAUUGUUGGUGGUUAAAAAGAAAAACUUCCCCCCAUGUAAUUAUUGUGAACACUUUGCUUUGUGGUCACUGUAACAUUUGGGGGGGUGGGACAGGGAAGAAAAGUAACUAGUCCACAUAUCCCUGGCAUCUGUUCAGAGCAGUGUGCAGAAUGUAAUGCUCUUUUGUAAGAAACGUUUUAUGAUUUUUAAAAUAAAUUUAGUGAAC